AAAGUGAAAACAUACACUUACAUAAAUUAAAUAAUCACUAAUUUAAGUAAAGGUACAACAAAGAAUGAGACCAACUGCUAAUACGAGUGUAGUGUUGAAGAAAGGUGCAUGGACAACCGAAGAAGAUAUACUUCUCAAGAACUAUAUCCAGAAAUAUGGAGAAGGGAAGUGGCACCUUGUACCUCUCAAAGCAGGCUUAAACCGAUGCAGGAAGAGUUGUAGGCUGCGAUGGUUGAAUUACUUAAGACCGAAUAUAAAACGAGGAGAUUUUGGGGAAGAUGAAAUUGACCUCAUGCAUAGGCUUCAUAAGCUUCUAGGAAACAGAUGGUCAUUGAUUGCGGGAAGACUACCAGGAAGAACUGCUAAUGAUGUGAAAAACUAUUGGAACACAAAUGUUCGAUCCCGUCCCAAACGACAAAAGGAAGCACCUAAAGACGAUGAGGGGUCACAACAGGCCAUGGUCACAGUUAUUAGGCCUAAACCACAUACCUUCUCCAAAACAUUAAAUUUGUACCCUCAACCUGAUAACAUGGGUAAGUUGAUAACAUCAUCAAAUGAUGGUUUUAUUAACGCCUUCAAUAAUUCUCCGGGGUUAGUCACGUCACCCACAAUAUCCGAUGACAUGAUUAAUGAAUAUUUCUAUGAGUUAUUUGAAGACCGGGAGAAGGAAAUGGGCUUAAAAAAUUUAGAUGUUGUUGAGCAAGAUGGUCAAAACAGUAUGUUUAAUUUCCCCACCGACGGUGACAUAUGGGACCUUCUUGAUUAGAACCAGGCCGGCUUAAAGGUUUUGGAGUCCCAAAGCGAACUACAGAUAUGGGUUUAAUUACCCUUGGGCCGACCCUGAUUAGAACAUAUAUGAGUAUUACUCGUUAACUUUUUAUAAAUCGAAUUUAUAAAUAAAGGUUAGUGUGUGUCAAUCGCGAAGACUCAUCAUGAUUUCUAAGACUAUUGUAAUGGUUAAUGCCUCCUAAGGGGCAUUUUUCGCCACAUCAACAUUAUAACGGCCCUGCAAAAAAUGUUUAACGGUUAAUGCCCAUUUCAUCCGAUACUUGCCAUUUUUUUCUCCUCUUUCGGGCAUUAUUCUACCAAUGUCCCUCCCUUUUCAUGCACCUAUAAUAUCCAAAGGGAUGAUGCUAGAGGCAUUAUCAAACUCUUUUAUGCCUCUAUAAUUCCCAUUACACAUGGCCUAAUUAUUAAUCACAACAUGUAUCUAUUUUUUGUUUUAUUAUUUUUUUUUAAGUUAAAGGGCAUGUUUUAUGUUUGAUUAAGUUAAACGGCGUAGGGUAGUGCCCCGCUCCACGUCAACCAGUUAACGGCACACUCACUCUCACUUUCACUCUUACUAAUCCUGCAUAUACCUAUUGAGUGGGAAGGCAAGUGUUUUUUUUUAAUAUUUUUAUAUGUAUAGUUAUUUAAAAAAAAAAUACUUAUUAAAAAAUAAUACCUACAACCAAAAGUAUGUUAAUAUGGAAAAAAAAAAUAUUGUUUUGCUUUUCAUUAAAUGUUAAAGAGUGUUCAGAAAAUAUAAUGAAAUAAGAACUUUUUAUUUUUUAUUUUUUUUUUAAAAGAGAAUGAAGUACAAAUUACUUGUGAAAAAUAAAACUAAACAUUAAAUGAAAUAUAACAAGAAGAACAAAGGUUUACAUGGCUUUCUUUCAUUGGAUAUACCAUUGAAUGCACACCUGUCUCACACCUACACUCACGUCAUCUCCGGUCAUAACCCGGUCAUUCUCAGACGACGCGGUGCUUCCCUCUCACGCUUACGGACGAUGACACAUGCCCUAAACUAUAUGUUCUUUUCGAAUGACAUCAUUAAAAGUAGAGAAAACCUAAGAAAGUAAGAAUAAUCAUAACCAUUUAUUUCAUUUUUUUUAUUUUAAUGCUGAUUAUAAAUUAUUUUUCUAGUAAACUGCUAAAUUCGUCCCUGAGGUUUGACUCAAAUUGCUAGAUCAGUCCAAAAUCAAGUUUUGUUGCUAAAACAGUCCUUAAGUCUAGUUUCUGUUGCUAUUUCAGUCUAAUAAAUU